AUGUUAAUAGAACAUAUAAGGGCAGAUGGCAGAACAAGCCCAGAAAUGCCAGAACACGCUCCUUCAAAGGAAAAGCAGGACAAGGAGCCAAAGGUCUCAAGAAAGGACCAUCAGCAUGACUAUACCGUGACUACAACUUUUCUCCAGGCAGUGGCAACAGACUGUGACAGACAGAUGGGUACUGGAGACAGUGACCCACAUUUACUCAUUGGAGUUUCAAAAAUCCCCACCCCAGCAAUUAUUGGAAAUGCCAAAGAAGAAAUCAGAAAAACACAGGAUAAUGACGCAGGCCAUACAACAUUUGUUGGAUAUCGAAGUGAUAGAGAAGACCUGGCUGAAGCGCUCCUAGACAUACCAAUAAGAGUAAAUCACCGAUACUUUCUCUGGUUUGUGUACCAUGGAAAACACCGAGCUGUACCGUUUGGUCUGAGGACGUCACCAAGGGUAUUCACCAAGGUACUGGUAUCCAUAGUGGCCUUCCUGAGGAUGAAAGGUGUAUCAUUAUUUUCCUUCUUGGACAACAUUCUAAUCAAGGCAGACUCGUACCUUCAGGCGCAUCAACAUCUGGACUUGACAAUUCAGGUGCUGCAGGACGACGGUUUUGUGACAUCAAGUCUUGAAAACGCAAUGCUAGGCGGUGAUGAUCCUAGCCUGUCUACUGGGGAUGAUGGUGUCGUGCCAAGACCUGCUACCUUGGGCCAGAUUCCAUACAUGACCCCUACAGAGAUUUCUCCUUCACUACCAGAAGGAAAUAGCCCACAAGAUGGUCAAGGAGGUGGAACUUGCACGGACCGUGAGCCAAGAACUGUGGUGGCUUGCCCCGAUGCAAUUCUCCGAGGGGAUGCCACUCGGGGAGCCCCAAAGGACAGUAUUAAUGACAGAUGGGAGUCUCUUCGGUUGGUGAGCGCAUUCCAUGGGGAGCAUGGUACAAGGGACUCAGUUGGAGAUAGAGAUGACCAGGAGUAUCAACCUUUUGGAGCUCAGAGUCAUAAAACUGGUGCUAGUUCGGUUCCAGAGUCAGCUGUCAAGCCGUCAUGUUCUGGUACAGACGGACAAUAUGAUGGCGAAAGCUUAUAUCAGCAGACAGGGAGGCACACGAUUCAGGCGUCUGCACCAGGAGGCGGUACAGGUGAUGCGAUGGGCAGAGACACACAUACUAUCUCUAAAGGCUAUCCAUGUAGCAGGAAGAGAGAACAUACUAGCGGACUGGUUGAGCAGACAGACAAUAGAUCAAACCGAGUGGAUGCUACACAGGGAUGUGUUUCAACAGAUCAGCGACAGGUUCGGAAAUGCAGAGGUGGAUCUCUUCGCGUCAAGGCAGAAUUGACAAGUCAGAAAAUUUGUGUCCAAAACACGAGCAGAGGGGGCACUGGGGACAGAUGCCCUAAACCUAAGGUGGCCAAGAACUCUAUGCCUUCCCUCCCCUGCCACUCAUUCCUUGAAUGCCGCUUGGAACAAAACUCUAUCAGAAGCAUCACCCCUGGAGCUUUCUCCCAGUAUAAGAAACUUAAAAGAAUUGAUAUCAGCAAGAAUCAAAUAUCGGAUAUUGCAUCAGAUGCUUUUCAGGGCCUGAAAUCUCUCACCUCACUAGUGCUUUAUGGAAAUAAAAUUACGGAGAUUCCCAAGGGCCUUUUUGAUGGGCUUGUGUCUCUGCAAUUGUUACUGCUGAAUGCCAAUAAGAUCAACUGCCUGAGAGUAAACACAUUUCAAGAUCUUCAUAAUCUCAAUUUAUUAUCUCUAUAUGACAAUAAACUACAGACCAUCAGCAAAGGACUUUUUGUGCCUCUCCAGUCAAUUCAAACUCUGCAUUUAGCUCAGAAUCCAUUUGUGUGCGACUGCCAUUUGAAGUGGCUGGCUGAUUACCUGCAGGAUAAUCCAAUAGAAACCAGCGGUGCUCGAUGCAGCAGCCCACGUCGCCUUGCCAACAAACGAAUCAGCCAGAUCAAGAGCAAGAAGUUCCGUUGCUCAGGGUCAGAGGACUACAGGAGUAAGUUCAGUGGGGAGUGCUUCAUGGAUCUUGUCUGUCCUGAGAGGUGCCGCUGUGAAGGAACGAUUGUAGAUUGUUCCAACCAAAAACUCACCCAACUUCCCAGUCAUCUCCCAGAAUAUACCACAGAUCUGCGCUUACAUGACAAUGACAUUUUUGUUCUUGAAGCUACUGGAAUAUUCAAGAAGCUCCCCAGUUUACGGAAGAUAAACCUGAGUAACAACAAGAUCAAAGAGAUUCGAGAAGGCACUUUUGAUGGCGCCACAGGGGUGCAGGAACUGAUGUUGACGGGGAAUCAGCUGGAAUCUGUGAAUGGACGAAUAUUUAGAGGCCUCACAGGGCUCAAGACUCUGAUGCUCAGGAGCAAUAUGAUCAGUUGUGUCAACAAUGAUACAUUCACAGGACUGAGCUCAGUAAGGUUACUUUCUCUGUAUGACAAUCGCAUUACUACUAUCACACCUGGAGCCUUCAAUACACUUGUUUCUUUAUCUACCAUUAAUUUGCUGUCUAAUCCAUUUAACUGCAACUGCCACUUGGCAUGGUUGGGGAAAUGGCUAAGGAAGAGAAGGAUUGUCAGUGGAAAUCCACGUUGCCAGAAACCAUUUUUCUUGAAAGAGAUUCCAAUUCAGGAUGUGGCUACACAGGACUUUACAUGUGAUGGUAAUGUUGAAAGCAGCUGUCAUUUGUUCCCCCGUUGUCCAGACCAGUGUACCUGUGUGGAUUCUGUGGUUCGUUGCAGUAACAAAGGGCUACGGUUCCUGCCUAAAGGUGUCCCUAAAGAUGUGACUGAACUGUAUCUGGAAGGGAAUCAUUUGUCUGCUGUGCCCAAGGAACUCUCCAUGUUCAGGCAUCUGACACUGAUUGACUUGAGUAACAACAGUAUCAGCAUGCUGGCCAAUUACACCUUCAGUAAUAUGACGCAGCUCUCAACACUGAUCCUGAGCUACAACAGGCUACGGUGUAUCCCAGUCCAUGCGUUCAAUGGGCUCAAAUCUCUCAGAGUGUUGACUCUUCAUGGCAAUGAUAUUUCCAGUGUCCCUGAAGGGUCCUUUAAUGAUCUUGUGUCACUUUCCCAUCUGGCACUUGGUACCAACCCCUUGCAUUGUGACUGCAGCCUGCGCUGGCUUUCAGAAUGGGUAAAGGCGGGCUAUAAAGAGCCAGGGAUUGCACGGUGCAGCAGUCCAGAUGACAUGGCAGACAGGCUGUUGCUCACAACUCCAACUCACCGUUUCCAGUGCAAAGGGGCCGUUGAUAUCAACAUUGUGUCAAAGUGUAACCCUUGCCUAUCCAAUCCAUGUAAAAACAAUGGGACUUGCAAUAAUGACCCAGUGGAUUUUUACAGAUGCACUUGUCCUUUUGGCUAUAAGGAUCGAGACUGUAGCAUACCCAUUAAUGCCUGCAUUCAGAAUCCUUGCCAGAAUGGAGGGACAUGCCAUCUCACAGACACAAAUCAAGGAGGAUUCAGCUGUUCCUGCCCUAUUGGGUUCGAAGGGAAGAAAUGUGAAAUUAAUCCAGAUGACUGUGAAGAUAAUGAUUGUGAGAACAACUCAACUUGUGUAGAUGGGACCAACAACUAUGCCUGCCUUUGUCUUCCAAACUAUACUGGAGAGCUGUGUGACGAGGUGAUCAAUCAGUGUGUUCCUGAACUAAACCCUUGCAAACAUGACUCAAAAUGUAUCUCUCUUGAUAAAGGAUACAGAUGUGAAUGCUUACCUGGCUAUAGAGGCAAAUACUGUGAAACUGAUGAUGAUGACUGUGUGGGACACAAAUGUCGGCAUGGCGCAUUGUGUGUGGAUGCUGUCAAUGGAUAUACCUGUAUUUGCCCUCAAGGGUUCAGUGGACUAUUCUGUGAAAACCCUCCACCAAUGGUUCUGCUCCAGACUAGCCCCUGUGACCACUAUGAGUGCCAAAAUGGAGCUCAGUGCAUUGUAGUACAGCAGGAACCAAUCUGUCGUUGCCUGGCUGGCUUUGCUGGCCAGAAGUGUGAGAAACUCAUCACUGUCAAUUUUGUUGGGAAGGAUUCCUACGUUGAACUGCCACCAGCCAAAUUCCGCCCUCAAGCAAACAUCUCCCUCCAGGUAGCAACAGAUAAAGACAAUGGCAUUGUAUUAUAUAAAGGAGACAAUGAUCCUCUGGCUUUAGAGUUGUAUCAAGGCCAUGUGAGGCUUAUCUAUGACACAUUGACUUCUCCUCCCACAACUAUAUACAGUGUGGAAACAGUAAAUGAUGGCCAGUUUCACAGUGUGGAGUUGGUAAUGUUGAACCAGACUUUGAACUUGGUUGUAGAUAAAGGUACUCCCAAGAGCCUUGGCAAACUACAGAAACAGCCCGUGGUUGACCACGACACACCUCUGUACAUUGGAGGUAUUCCUACAUCCACAGGACUGUCUUCAUUGCGGCAAGGUACAGAGAGGACACCCAGUGGUUUCCAUGGUUGCAUUCAUGAUGUCCGCAUUAAUAAUGAGCUGCAGGAUUUCAAGGAUCUACCACAUCAGUCAGUAGGGGUCCUUCCUGGCUGCAAAUCCUGUAAUAUCUGCAAGCAUGGCAUCUGUCGCUCUAUUGAAAAAACAAGUGUUGUGUGCGAGUGCCACCCAGGUUGGACAGGCUCCCUUUGUGACCAUGAAGUUAAAGAUCCCUGCCUCAAUAACAAGUGCCUCCAUGGGAAAUGCACAGCCACCAGUUCUGGUUACUCGUGUAAGUGCAUAGAAGGUUUUAUGGGCAUGUACUGCGACAGGAAGAAUAAUUCCUCCAGCCCCUGCAGACUUCUGAAAUGCAGCCAUGGGCAGUGUAAGAUCUCAGCACAUGGGGAGCCCUACUGUGAGUGUGAUGUGAAUUACAGUGGCGAACGCUGUGAUAGAGAGAAUCAGUGCCAAGGAGAGAUUGUUCGUGAAUUGAUUAGGAAGCAACAAAAUUCCAUCUCUUGUGUGUCUACUGUCAAGGUACAGCACAUGGAAUGUCACGGCAGCUGUGGAAAUGAUCAAUGCUGUGUUCCCAUCCGGAGCAAAAGGCGGAAAUAUAUCUUCCAGUGUGUGGAUGGCUCCUCCUUCACAGAAGAGCUGGAGAGGCAUGUGGAAUGUGGCUGUGGGAAGUGUUUAUAAACAGCUGUUCAGCCUCUUUGCCCCUUGUAUCGACUCAGAUGUGCUAUCAAAAG